AUGAGGACGGAAGAGCACGAUAGGGAACACCAAGAGGGGUUUACAUUCAAGUUAAUCGACUUUGGCGCUGCGCAGGUUAGUCUCGAUGCUAACGGAGGACCGCCAGAUAAUCUGUUUGGGGUAUCUCAGGCACUGGCUUCGUUAAUUACCAUGAAGCCAUUCAAGAUUUUCAACGAAGCGGGAAUACACGAAGGCUUCGAGACUAUUGGUGCCUACCUACUUCCCAAAAAUGGGAGAGAUCCUUAUCCAUGGCUUGACAAGGAUCUAGCUCAUCUCAUGGCUGAGUGCAUGUACAGAGACCCAGCUAGGCGACCUACGUUAGAGCAAGCAUUUACUCGAGCUAGCCAAGCCGUUAAAGGAAAAACUCCAGAUAAUUUUCCUAACCCUCAGGAGGAAACUGAUCAGGUGGUCAGGAACUUUACGCAACAGUUCGUAACCAGUAAUUGA